CGCUGCCCGUUUAUAACCCUAGGUAGGAAAGUGAAGGCAAUAGAUCACAAAGAAAACGGUGAGGCCCAAUCUCACGAGAAUUAGAGGGCUCAGAGGUGGUGUUUUUUUUUGCCCUAUGUGCUGUUCUUGUAAACACAUUAUUUAACAGAGACUGGUUCAGCUCUACCAUCUUGACUCUUGACUUUCGAGCGGCAAUGUCAAUGGUGGAUUCAGAGAGUGUGGAAGGUUACAGGCCUCCUUCAGAAUUCGUGGAAGACAGUAAUGAAGCACUAGUUGAUCUUAACUUGACUGACUCCACCGAACUUUGGCUCCUUAAAUUGCCUUUUUCCAAUGAUUUGUUAUCUGACAUUGAUGGGCAGGAAUUGUCUCUCAACCUUCAUAAUGAUGGAAAACUGGCUAGCUUUGAGGGUUCAUCUGGGAAAGUAUAUGAUUUUGUCAGCUUUGCUGCCCAGGAGCCAGACGAAACAGUUUUUGUUUCCUCUGCUAUAGAACCAAAAAUUGCUGGAAAGAUUUCGCAGCGAAUUUCUGUUGUUCAUUACCCUGAUCCUAAAGAACUUGAAAAGCUCAAUUCAACCAACUCAAGACAAGCACAUCGAAAUUCUGCGGGAGUCACAGUGACAACUUCGUCCCGAUAUUUUCCUAUGCAAAGUGGUAAUCAUCGAAGCACACAAUCGUCAAAAGGUAGCAGACAGAAAAGCUCUUUAUCUGAAGUUAGUGAGCCAUCAAAUAUUCCAAAAAGCUCUAAAUCAGUCGACCCAUUUAAUCAGGACAAAUCUAAUGCAAAACAUCAUGGUCAUAGCACUGGCAUUUCCUCUCUGUCCUCUGAUGGAGGAAAAUCAAAGAGAAGAAAACAUAAGGAUUAAUGUUUGCUUUAGUUGCCAUUAGCCACAUUUAUAGUGUAAUAUUUAAAUGUUACAUUAUCACAUUAGUGCUUGCAAAAGGAUGAUAAAUUUGAAUGUUCCAUUCUCUUUCAAUUUUUUAUUUGGUUCAGUUGGACAAUGUUCACUGAUGUAAUGACCUUUUUCUCGUCAUUCUUGCCCCUCUUACAUAUUGAAGGUAGAUA